ACCGUGACGUUCGAAUAAAUGCGCACUCCUCUCUGACGCAGGAGUGCUCAAUGUGAGAGAGGUUAUGGUGGUGGGACGGAGGCUCUUAUUUGAAACAUUUCUUUCCACAGAAAAUGGUUGUAAAUUUAGAGACUGGAGAGGUUAACCAUUUCUGUCCUCGCCCAUAGCAGAACUGGGCAAAAUGAAGCAUUGCGUUCAUAUUUAUCUUUGUUUCGCGGUGUAUUUCAAGAUGGUCUUUUCGAAGGAUGCACCGGCUCUUGGGUCUAAAAAUAGUCCGAGGCUUUUGAAACCAGAUAUUAUCAGUGAUCAGUAUAAAUAUGAAGUUAAUCAGAACCAUAGUGUGUUCUCAUACCUGGAGGAAGAACAGGAGCUUUAUGUCGGAGGCACAGACUUUGUUAUAAAACUUAAUGCAAGUAACUAUCGCGUCAUAGAGAAAUUUCCAAUAACAACAACUGGACAGCAUAGGUGCUCUGACGGUCAGUGUAAAAAUGUAAUCACCAUCAUUGAGAAGUUUCAGGAUGACAUGUUUGUGUGUGGAACAAACGGACACAAACCAAAGUGCUGGAAACUCUUUCCUUCUGUGAAGAAUCAGACUUCUGAGAUAGUGAAGAGUUAUGAGGGAGCAGGCAUCUCCCCAUUGGUCUACACACACAACUGUUUGUCGCUCACAGUCGAUGGGGAUUUAUACGCAGCAGCGCCUUUGGACAUGGAGGGAAGCUCUUUGCAGUUCAGGAGAAAAGCUGGCAAGCGGACUAAUGUCUGGAUGUACGACAGCUGGUUAUCAGAGCCUACAUUCAUAUCGGCAUCCUGGGUGAAGCGUAGGGAAGAUCCAGACAAUGAGAAAAUCUACAUCUUCUUCCGCGAAAAGAACUCCGACCACAGCCCAGAUGCCGAUCCCUGGAUUUCUAGGGUGGCCAGAGUUUGUAAGACCGAUGAAGGUGGAUCAAAAAGAUUCUUCCAGAACAUGUGGACGUCCUUCCUAAAGGCUCGCCUCGUCUGUGGGUUUCCAGAUGAGUCAUUGUAUUUCAAUCGUCUCCAGGACAUCUAUGUGAUGCAUGACGAUGACUGGCACCAAACCAGAGUCUACGCACUUUUCACAAGCAGCUGGAACUCAACUGCGGUUUGCAUCUAUUCAAUAGAAAUGAUAGAGAAGAUAUUUGAAAACUCAACUUUCAAAGGCUAUGCUAAUGAAAUCCCUACACCAAGGCCUGGAACUUGCGUGUCAAACAGCAAAAGCCUGCCUCGGUCCACAGUGAACGUAGUGAAGGAUCAUCCUGAAAUGGUUGACUGGGUGCAUUCCCUUCAGUCAAAAGUUCCUUUUUAUGUAAGCAACUAUAAUUACACCAAAAUAGUUGUUGACCGGGUUAAAGGAGCAGACCAGCAAGUGUACAACGUUUUGCUCCUUGCUACUGAUACUGGCAAAAUCCAUAAAGUCCUAGUGGCUGGUUCAGAGCCUUUUAUCAUAUUGGAAACACAGCUCUCCAACAUUUCAUCUAUACAGGCAAUGACACUCGACUCUCAAAAGAAAAAAAUAGUGGUGGGUUUCUCUGAUAAAAUAUCUAUAGUGGACCUUCAAAAGUGUGAAGAGUACAACGCGUCUUGUGCUGACUGCGUCCUGGCACGGGACCCCUACUGUGCAUGGACCACAUCUGGAUGCACCCCUUCUAACCUUGGGGGCAUUCAGAAUAUAAAGGAUGGACAUACAAGUGUUUGCUCACAAAAUAAAGCAGCGACUGUGUCAGUGGUACUGACCAGGUCCAAAAGGCAGAUAUCACCAAAAAUUUCAGGGACAGUCCAUUCAGUCCCCGAAGGUGUCCCUUUCUAUCUGUCCUGUCCUAUAGAGUCUUAUCAUGCAAAGUACACCUGGAAGCAUGGAAGUCACGACAGACCUUGCCUGCAAAUGCUUUCUAACUGUCUGCACCUUAUUCCUUCAAUGGGACCAGAGAACUAUGGGGAAUAUGAAUGCGUCUCCACAGAGAAGGACUAUAACAAAACUUUGAAAAAAUACCAUCUUAAGCAGCAGUAUGAAAAGCAAGCCAGCAGGUUUGCUGAUUCUAAACUGAAUGAUGCACCAAUCCUUGCUCCUCAGCUGUUGUGGAUUCUACUCCAGACUGCAGUGCUGCGGAUAGUUGCUGCUGAGAUAGUUUCUGCUAACUGACUGGGAUUUGCUAAGAGUUUUCUUUAAAAACUAUCAGACCGUACCAUAGAACUGAAAUUAGAGACAGGGCGCGUUGGCUGUGUGACUUAGACAUAAUGUCUUUUGCCCUUUAUAACAUCAAAUUAAGCUAAAAUGACCUUCAAGCUGUCAGCAGAGUGACACAGCAGAGUGACACAGCAGAGUGUCACUCUGCUGCAUGUCACAGCAGAGUGACAUGCAUGCCACUCUGCUGUGGCAUGCAUGUCAUUCUACAUUCUACAUUCUGUAGAAUGUUCCUUUACUAAAAAGUUCUCACAGAAAAAAGGAAGGUUAUCUCUGUGUCAUGUUACUAGGAGGAUGGAAAGCUUGAUAAAUACUGUAGAUGGAGAAGGGUUUCAUUUGAAGUAAUGUGCUGAUGGAAGAGCAUAGCUAAAAGGCAAAGAAAAUGCAUUUCUGGCCCACCUACCCUUGUACAGGCAGACGUGCACACGCAGGCUAGCCACGCUACACAAGAAAGUUAAAAAUUAUUCAACUUUUGUCGCUAUCGUGUAUAGGGAAAACUUAGCUAGCUGUGUGCUUAGUCAUUACCAAGGAAACAAUAGCGGACGAGUAGCUAGAGGCACCGGAGUGAAACUUUUUGUCUUCCAGUCUCUUUGGUAGAAAGAGAGACGACGAAAAACAAACGAGCAAUAUUAUCAUCCUCAUUUUAUUAUCAAGCUCAUUUUAAUUUAUCAUGCAUUUAAUUCAACUGUCACCAUUGGUCUCAUAUGGAUAAUGACAAAAAUAAUUAGAUUUCUGAUUAUCUAAUUAAUAAUCAGAAUGAACACAGCACAGAUGAAUCAUGGAUGUGAAAGUGGAUAUGCUUGAGCUAGAGGGAGUUGCUGAAAGAAAACAUGCCUUAACGGGUUGAGCCCAGCACAAAGUUUUUUUUGUUUAAAAUGUCAGCUGUUUUGUUGGUUCUGCGCUUGUUUUGUGGGUGAGGUUGGGAAAAAAUCUGUACAAUUCAGACCCUACUAAGCAGCUGAACAAGCAAGUCAGCAUCUUUCCUUCCUGCUGAGGUUUUUUCACCUUUAUGGACUGCACCAUAGGGACUGCACCAUAGCUGAGUUCAGUAGAACUGGAGCCACUGCAGCUAAGGCAUUUUUUUUUUUUUGCUUACUUUGAGCUGGAACAUGUGGUGAUGAAGCAAGAAAACAGCACUCCCAGUUAUGUCAUUGAAGUGAGAGAAACAAAAGGAAGUUGCAGGAGGCAUUUAUUUUCAUUAAUGGUUUAUUUUUACCAUCACUGUCAUGUUUCUAGAACAGAAUCUUUUUACUGUGAGCAAUAACUGCAGAAACAACACAAGUUGGAAUAGUUUAUCUGCACUUUUAGGUCUUGCCCUUAAAGCAAAUAAAAUAUGAAGUUCCUGUGCUAAGAAAGGCAGAGCUCUUCCUGGGCAAGGCUCUUUCUUUGGCACGGAUAAGAGUAUAUCUGUAUUAGAUGGUUUGGGGUGGAUUAAGGGAAAUUAAGUUAUUUAACUUGUUUUCAUAAUUCCUUUCAGUGGUCUGUGAGAAAUGUGCAGUCAAGAGAGAAAAUAAAAAAGCUGUAGGUCACAUGAA